AUGAGUGAAGAGGUAGGUGAGAUGCCUCUAGCCAAUGAUGUGGCAAGCAUGGUACGCCGUUAUUUACCUCAAUUUCCCGAUCUAGAAACGGACGAGGAAAUGGUAUUCACCUGGGAGAUCACGGAUUGGCACAGCCUUCCCGAGCGCGCCCUCUCGCCAGUGUUUGAGGCCGGCGGGUUCCGUUGGCGUUUGCUGCUUUUCCCUGAGGGCAAUGGCUCGUCUUGUCGCGGGAGAAUCUCACUGUAUUUACAAAUCCAGGAUCAAAACGAGUCCCCGGAAACGCCACUUCCCAAAAGCGAUGAGCCCGGCUCCGACGACAAGCAAUUGCCGGCAGCUUCGCGUUGGCACGUUUGCUGUCAAUUCGCCUUAGCAGUUUGGAAUCCACAACAUCCUGAUGCAUAUAUUUGCCAAAUGGCUCACCAUCGUUAUAACCCACGCACUAUGGACUGGGGAUACUCGCACAUGUGCGAGGUGCGGAGUGCCCUGACCAGAGGUACUCGUCCGGCUGCGCUCAUUGAGAAGAACAAGGUCAAUAUCACGGCCUUUCUUCGUACAAUCAAAGAUCCCACGGGUAUUCUCUGGCAUGAUUUCGUCGACUAUGACUCUCGACUCGAAACAGGCUACACUGGUCUCACCAACCAGGGCGCCACUUGCUAUCUCAAUUCGUUGCUGCAGUCGUUGUACUUCACCCGCGUAUUCCGUCGGGCAGUUUAUGAGAUCCCAGCCGGUGAUUCAGAGUCUGUGACUAGUGGACUUCAGCGGCUUUUUUAUCUUUUGGCAACAUCGCCCACCCCCGUAAAUACCAACUCGCUAACUCGGUCAUUUGGCUGGGACACGGCUGAUGCUUUCACGCAGCACGAUGUCCAAGAACUGAACCGUGUGUUGAUGGAUAGACUUGAGUCAAAAAUGAAUGGAACAAGCGUUGAAGGUGUUUUGACGAAAAUUUUUGUUGGCCAAAUGAAAAGCUUCAUUAAAUGCAUCAAUGUCGACUUUGAGUCUGCUCGUGUAGAAGAUUUCUGGGAUAUUCAGCUCAAUGUCAAAAACAUGAAGGACAUUUACGCAUCCUUCCGUGACUACGUGCAAACCGAAGUUCUUGAAGGCGAGAACCAAUACCAUGCUACGGGCUAUGGAUUGCAAGACGCAAACAAGGGUGUUAUCUUUGAAAGUUUCCCCCCUGUACUUCACUUGCAGCUCAAGCGAUACGAGUAUGACUUUUUGCGUGACGUCGAAGUCAAGAUCAACGACCGUUUCGAGUUCCCGCUGGAUCUAGAUCUGCAGCAGUUCCUUGACCCUGAGAGUGAUGCGGUCAAAGAAGCGGCUGCAAAAGGUGAACCCUGGGAGUAUGCUUUACACGGUGUUCUCGUUCACUCUGGUGAUCUAAAUGCUGGUCAUUACUAUACUUUGUUGAAGCCGGAAGCCAAUGGCGAUUGGUUCAGAUUUGAUGACGACCGUGUUACACGGGCUUCACUAAAGGAGGUUCUUGACGAUAACUUUGGUGGUGAACUUCCGAAUUCCCGCGGUAUUAAACGUAUCACAUCUGCAUACAUGCUUGUGUACAUUCGCAAGUCUCGUCUGGAGUUUGUUUUGCCAAGCAGUGAAGACAAGUGGCCCUCAGCUCUUCCAGAAUCGAUCGCCGCAGAAAAGCGUGAAGAAGAGCAGCGUCGACGAGAAAUUCAGGAGCAACGUCAGUACAUGGCCAUCAGAUUGCUCAGUCGCCGUCAAUUUGCAAAGCAUUCUGGUGUUGGUCUUGCCACAUGGACAGCUCGCCACAGUUCUGAAGUCGAUGCUUCAAUGCCGGAAUUACUCAAGGUUCGGCGUAACCUCAAGAUUGGCCAGCUUUAUGCUGCUGUAGCUGAGCAUUGUGGGUUUGAUUUCAUCCCGUCAUUAUGGUUGGUCUCGCCGCGUGAAUACAGUGUCAAAAGAAUUCACAUGUUAGAGCCUCAGCAUAAUGAACACACUGUUGAAGAGCUAAGUAGUUGGAGCGAUGGGCCCUACCCAGUGUUGUGGGUUCAGGAGAGUCCGGGAUAUUUGGAAGAUGAAGUCUUGGUGUUUGUUAAAGAGUUUAAUGUCUCGGCACUCAAACUCACUGGCGUUUCCACGGUUUGGAUCAACAAAAAACAACCACUCUCAGCUGCGCUUGCUCAGUUCUCUAACCCCGGUACUCGAUUUUAUCAUGAAAGAGAGAGCAUGGUGGAAGAGAUGAGCCCCUCGGCAUUAGUCGGGGAACAGCUGGUGACGGGUGAUAUCAUUGUGCUCGAAACAAAUCUAGAUAAAGACGCACUAUACCCCUCUGCUUGUGAGUUUUAUGACUUUUUGAAUCACCGGGUUACACUCCUGUUACUGCCUCGGCCAGAUGUUGAAGAGAGUGAUGGCGAUGAAGAACCAGAGCGUGUUCCUUCACCAGAAAAGGUUACUCCUGUGGUCCUCAUAACAUCUUCAAAAGAGCCCUACUCACAACUAGCUGAACGAGCUGCUGACGCGCUUGGUGGUGAUAUUGACCCGACGCAUUUGCAGCUUUGGCCGGCUCCAUACGAGUGGGAGCCCUUGCGUGAGCCUCUUCGUAACGAUGGCUCAAAUAUGGACGACCUCAUGCUUGUUGAUUCGCCCUUAUAUGUUUAUUAUCGCGUGCUUGAUCGUCCAUUAGCUGAGUUUGAACAGAUGAUCGAGGUUCCAACCACAUGGGUGCAAGACUAUAGGUCUGAGCCUCAGACACUUCAAGUAUUGGUAUCGACCAAUGCUACGGUAUCUGAGUUGAUCAGAGAGCUGGCCUCUCAACUUUCGCUACCAGCUGAAGAUGUCCCCCGAGUGAAGAUGUGGACUGCUCGUCACAAUCGCACAGUUCGCACAUGGACGCCUGCCAUGCAAGUCAAAGAAGUGCUGAUGCACGAAGGUAAUUACGCUAGUCUCAUGAGUCAAGAAGAACUGAAUCUACGGAGCGCUGCAGCUGGAAUUGCUCCCCUUGAGCAACGGCUUGUGACAGUGUUCCACUUCCAAAAGGAUGAUUUCCGGACCCAUUCGAUUCCGUUCACCUUUGUACUUCACGAGAAUGAGCCAUUCUCAGUCACACGAAAAAGAAUCCAGCAGGAAUUGGGUUUAGGCGACAAAUCGUUCGAGAAAAUCCGUAUAGCAGUCUGUGGCUCACCGUCAAGAGUGCGCUAUCUUGAGGACGAUAACGAACAACUGUUCGAGUCAAUGGGAGAUGAUGAUGCAAUUGGUCUAGAUCAUGCCGAUAAGCGCCGCGUUGUGCACCAACAACAAGCAAUUGUUAUUAAAUAG